AUGAAGCUUGACCCGAAAGCUAUUCGCUAUCUCACUUCAGAGGACUUCAGAGUUCUUGCAGCGGUGGAAGCAGGAAGCAGAAAUCAUGAAGUCGUACCGACGCCGUUAAUCGUACAACUAUCUGGCCUCCGAGGUGGUAGUGGGGUGCAUAAGUCGAUCUCAAAUCUGGCCAAGGUCAAUCUGAUAGCGAAAGUGAAGAAUGCAAAAUAUGACGGUUACCGACUCACUUACGGCGGUCUCGACUACCUAGCCUUGAAUGCUCAUCAGAAGCAAAAGACUGUCUACUCCGUCGGCAACCAGAUCGGCGUCGGGAAGGAAUCGGAUAUCAACGUGGUUGCGGAUCGCACUGGAGCACAGAGGAUUCUCAAGAUCCAUCGAUUGGGCCGCGUCUCUUUCCGCACGGUCAAGACCAACAGAGAUUACCUACGGAAUCGCAACACUGGUUCGUGGAUGUACAUGUCUCGAUUGGCGGCCAUGAAGGAAUUUGCAUUUAUGAAAGCCUUGAGAGAAAAUGGAUUCUCGGUUCCGGAGCCGAUAGCGCAAAACAGACACACGAUCGUAAUGAGUCUGAUCGAUGCGUUCCCGUUACGUCAAAUAUCAAGGGUUCCUCAACCUGCCUUGCUUUACUCGGAACUCAUGGAUAUGAUCCUACAGUUAGCGCGGUUUGGGUUGAUUCACGGUGACUUCAAUGAGUUCAAUAUCCUUAUCAAGGAAGAAGAAAAUCCCAAUGCAAAGGGGAAGGCUCCUGAAAAUGCAGAGCCUGCUUCUGAUGAUGUCCGGCUGGUUCCGGUUCUCAUUGACUUCCCACAGAUGGUAUCUGUUGAUCAUCAAAAUGCGGAGAUGUACUUUGAUCGAGAUGUCAACUGUAUCAAACGGUUUUUCCAGCGAAGGUUCCACUUUGUCAGCGACGAGCCCGGGCCUUUUUUCUCUGACGCCAAGAAGCUGUUGCAGAAGAACCCUGGGAAGCGGCUUGAUGUGGAAGUUGAGGCAUCUGGGUUCUCAAAGAAGAUGGCCAAAGAAUUAGAAGCAUAUAUGAAGGAAGUUGGGGCAAAGGGGGAUGCUGAUAAUAUCAAGGACGAGGACGAUGAAGAGGGCGAGAAUUCUGAAGUCGAAUCAGGAAACGAGGAGGGAGAACAUGCACAUGAGGAGACGGAGGAUAACAAGGAGCAGCAAGAUGCACACCUGGAAAGCUCCAGGAGGUUAGGAGAACUGAGCAUAUCCGGGUCUUCUGGAUGA